AAUAUGCAGCUAAAAAAUGUUUGAAUAAUUUUAAAUACUUGGAGUUUAGGGAUAUCCAGGAAAUAAGGGAUGGAGCUUCCGGAAUAAUCUAUCGAGCUAUACAUAAUGAUAACAUCUUCGCUUUAAAGUCUUUUAAAAUUGAUAAAGUAACUCCGAAAGAAGUUGUAAAUGAGAUAAAAUUACAAACGGUAGUCCAAUUCCAUGAAAAUAUCAUAAAACUUUGCGGUAUUACAAGGACAGACGGAGUUUUACUGUGGCAAAUUUCAAGUGGAUAUCAACCAUUUGUUGAAGGUAACAUUGAAGAUGAAUUGUUUAUAGUAGUGGAUAUAAUACGCGGAAAAAGAGAAAAACGUAUUCGUGGAACUCCUAUCAAAUAUAUUGAGUUGUAUGAAGAAUGUUGGAAAUAUAAUCCAAAUAAACGUCCAGAUAUGCGAGAGGUUGUUUCAAGACUUGAAUCAAUAUUUUUUUAUAAGAUACGUAAAACAAAUGCCAAUAAGGAAAGGAAUUACCCACAAGAAGGGCUUAAACCAUCUUUAAAACUCAUAGAAGAUAUUCCAUUUCAAUUAAUCGAUUGGAUUCACCGGUUCGCAAAUAUCCAGAAAGUGGACAAAUACUUUUCCAUGGAUUAUGAAAAGGAAAGUUGCGGCGAACAUAUGCAUGCAGCAUUGAAGGAGAUGCGUCGAUACAUCAUGCAAACCAUUAUUGCGGAUAUGGUGAACAAGGAAUAUCCCAAAUGCGAAGAUCGUUUGGGAUAUGCGCUUGUCCCAAAUGCACAUUUCGAACAUCAACGCAUUUGGGCUACAACACCUCCAAAGAUCAAAGUUACCUUUAAAUCAACUGAAAUUUAUGCUUUGGAAUGA